CUACUCCCUACUGCAUGUAGCUUGGCACGCCCCGCCAAUGACGUUGCGAUCUCGGGCGAGCUUAUCUACAUGCAGACGCUGGCUCGGCACACCCAAUCUACCACAGCACGUUGUAGGAUCAGCAAGCCCCACGAGAUCAUCCCCCAGGCGGUUUCUACGAGUACCUACUGUGGGUGCCAGCCACGCCACGCCGUGUUCCAAGGUUUCCCAGGGCACGGGUCCAUUGCUUCUCGCCCUCCUGCUCCCUUCUCGCCCUCCUGCUCCCUUCUCGCCCCAAACCUGGGCUGUUCACCCGCGCAGCUCCUCCAUCUUGCAAGCAGCACAUCACCCUCAGCCGUAUUGUCUCGCCUCGUCUGGUCUCGCAGCAACGGGCUCGCGCGUCAUACAUCAUGGAUACCGGAAAGCCCUCUCCCGACGCCAACGACAUCACCGUCGAGUCUCUCCCCUCCAUCCUCGCCGAUGACAAUAGCGUCAAGCUCGCCGGGGUCGACGUAGAUGGUGUCCUGCGGGGGAAGCUGGUCUCCAAGAAAAAGUUCCUCUCCAUCGCAAAGACCGGCUUCGGCUUCUGCUCUGUCAUCUUCGGCUGGGACAUGCAUGACCAGACAUACUUCAAGGAGCUCAAGAUCAGCAAUAAGGAGAACGGCUACCGCGACGUGAUUGCGAUCCCGGACUUGUCCAGCUUCCGCAGGAUACCUUGGGAGGACAAUGUGCCCUUCUUCCUGGUCAGCUUCCAUGACCCGGACACCGAAGAGCCCCUGAGUGCCUGUCCGAGGUCGCUCCUGAAAAGGCAGGUCGACAAACUUGCUGAGAAGGGCUGGGGCGCCAUGGCAGGAGCCGAAUAUGAGUUCUACCAGUUCAAGACGCCGGACGAUAGCCAAUCGGCCGCAACCUACCUAAAGGAGAAUCCGACACAUCACCUCCCGUCCCUGACAGAGGGCAUGUUCGGUUACAGCAUAACGAGGCCGGUUCACAAUAAGGACUAUUACUAUGAUAUUUUCAAUACUUGCGAGGCUUUCCGCUGCAAUAUUGAGGGUUGGCACACAGAGAGCGGCCCAGGUGUCUACGAGGCUGCCCUCGAGUUCGGUGAAGUCUCGGGCAUGGCUGAUCGCGCAAGCCUGUUCAAGUACGUCGUCAAGUCCGUCGCAACCAAGUACAACGUCACGCCCUGUUUUAUGGCGAAGCCAAAGCAGGGCCUCCCUGGCAACUCUGGUCACAUGCACGUUUCCCUUGUUGACAGGGACGGUAAGAACCUUCUGGUCCGUGAGACCCCGGACCCCUCCUCCCCUUGGCCUGAUAUCGCUCAGCUUUCCGACACUGGUCGUAAUUUCCUGGCCGGUCUCCUAGAAGGCUUGCCAGAUAUCAUGCCCAUGUUUGCCCCGACUAUCAACAGCUACAAGCGUCUGGUCGAGAACUUUUGGGCACCAGUGACCGUCUCCUGGGGUUUGGAGCAUAGGGCUGCAUCUAUCCGCAUCAUCGCACCACCAACAUCGAAACCUGGCGCUACCCGAUUUGAGGUUCGCGUGCCAGGUGCUGACACCAAUCCCUUCUUUGUUUACGCUGCCAUACUUGGCUGUGGGAUUAGAGGAAUUGAAAACAAAUUGGAGAUUCCAUGCCCGCCUCUGGGCAAGGGCGAUGACAUCGGUGGAGAGUCUGACCAGGGCGAGCGAUUGGCGAAGAGCCUCAAGGAUGCUGUGGAGCGCUUCUCUCGGAAAGAAAGCAUCGCACGUGAGAUUUUUGGAGACGAGUUCGUCGAUCAUUUCGCGGGAACCAGGGAGCAUGAAAUCCGGCUAUGGGAUGAGGCCGUCACAGACUGGGAAAUGAAACGUUAUAUUGAGACAGUGUAGUGCAAUGUCCUUGAGGUGCGAGGUCUUGCUUUCAGCCAUGGCCGUGUCGGUGCAAUUCUUCUACAACUUGGAAACAUAGAUUAGUUUUGAAUAUGUUGGAUGGAUAUCUUUUAUGCUGCGUUGGCGGAAAAUACUUAUCCAAACAAGAAAUACCCCCCUCGCAUAUGAAUUUUAACCUUGUUUUGCUCGCUGAAGCUAAGUAGACAUUCCGCGAGAGCUUGCUGGCAUUGGGUACUAAUCGAGAUACAAUGGGAUCUCAGUGUUUCUUCACACAAGAAUUGUUGUAUAUAAUAAUAGAGGUCCAUAGAUAGCUUUAAAAUAGAAUAAACCUAGUUAAAAA